AUGUAUUCCUCCGCGCUGCUGAUACUUGCCAGUUUGGGAUGGUUCGGGUCUGUUUCUGGGUCUCCCGCCGUGGGGGAAGCGUACGCGGCGGUGCUCAGCAUCGUGUCUCCCGGACAGGAGUAUCUGACAGAGGAGUCCCUCGGCUCGGUCUUUAAUACACUCGAGAAACGUGUGCAGUGCAGCGAAGUGUCGUGUGGAAAGUGUGAUUUAACAGAUGCUGUUCACCAGCUGAUCAGCAAUGGAACUGGAAACGCAAUCAGUGUGUCUCAGUUCACUGAUGUGGCUGCCGGGUGUGUGCUCUACCUCUCCUCCCCCGGCCUGGUGUGCAGCGCGGUGAGGCAGGGGAGGUGGGGAGAGGAGGCCGAACGUUUCCUUCAUGAACUCACCCAUCAGGAGCACCAGCAUGGAGACAGCGGGCCUCACCAGGAACAUCAACACGAGCACAUAGACGUUCAUGCAUUAAAGGUGCUGCUUCAAAAGCUUCAUCACCAAUAUGUGCCCAUGGAGAGUGAGAGGUGUGUGACAGCCAGUGAUAUCAUGACAGAGGUCAGUGCAUCCCCAGCAGAGAAGGGACAGGAAGUGGGGGCAGUUUUGGGUCGCGUCCUGUACCACGCCUUGAGAGGUCACUGCUUCAUCAGCCGGGCCCUGCCUGAGGAGAGCUUCUUCAUGGACGACAUCAUGGAGCGCCUGGGAUCGGAGAACUUCACUGUCGAGGAUUUGGAGGCUCUCAUGAAGAGUCUGAAACUCGGACCUGACAACCAACAUCAGCACGAACACGGACACACAGACUCACAUGCUGAUCACGAUCAUAGCGGUUUCAGACGGACGAGGAAGAGCGGCCAUACUCGUCACGAGGGCCAUGCAGGAAACACCACCUGGGAUAAGCUGUGUCUCUCAGCUGAAGAGCUGGUCCUGAUCCACAGCCUGGCAGAGAACAGCUCUGCCCCCCCCGGUCUGGGUCAGAUCGGCCUGGCUCAGCUCAGCCCUGCACUGGUCCAGCAGAUCCUGAGCGGAGCCUGUGCAGAGGUCACAGACCCUCUGACACAUGAUGAGCUCACCGUGACUGAGAAGUACCUGUAUGCCACCCUUGCUAAUGUGGUGAUAACGCUGACGUCCAUGUUUGGCAUCGUGCUGCUGCUGUGCACCUCGUGCACCAGCAUGUUCCAGCUGUGUAUCCAGUUCUGCAUCAGCCUCGCUGUGGGUUCACUGACCGGAGACGCCUUACUGCAUCUGCUACCCAUGUUCCUAGGUCUACACGUGCAUUCAGACAACGCCAGCAGCCACGAAGAAAUGCCGGACUACAUUUACAAGAUGUUGGUAUUGAUUGGCGGGAUCUACUACUUUUAUCUGAUGGAAACAAUCUUCUCUCUGGUGGCGUAUAAAGAUAAUCAUCAUCAUCAUCAACAUCAUCAUGGGGAAGAAUCAGAGCCUCAUCACUGUGACCAUGGCAGGGUUUUAGAAAUGUAUCAACAAGAUAGGAAACAAAAGGACAAGUCAGAGUCAGCAUCAAAACUAGACCUAUUUCAGGUUAGCUUUGAAGAACAUGAGAAAUCUCAUUCCCAUCAGAAAGAGCGCACCAGAGAGCAGCGUCUGCUUCCCUACAUGAUAACUAUCGGUGACGGGAUCCACAACUUCGCAGACGGCUUAGCGAUGGGUGCAGCUUUCUCCCUGUCAUGGAAGUCUGGUCUGGCCACGUCACUCGCUGUUCUCUGCCAUGAACUACCUCAUGAACUGGGUGAUUUUGCCAUUCUGCUCCACAGCGGUGUGUCUGUGCGCAAGGCUCUGCUCUUAAACGUCGGCAGUGCCAUGACCUCGUUCGUGGGUCUGUACAUCGCUCUGUCUGUAGCCACCGACCUCGCCACCAAGCAGUGGAUCGCUGCCAUCACUGCAGGACUCUUCCUGUAUGUGGGGCUGGCUGACAUGCUGCCCACCAUGGUCCACAUCAGCAACAAGAGACCCUGGCUGAUGUUCCUGCUGCAGAACGUCGGCCUGCUGAGCGGGUGGGGUAUUCUGUUGCUGCUGUCACUUUAUGAGGAGAGAAUCAGCUUCUAAAACCAGUCAAGAAUCCCACGGUCUCACACGGCACAUGUCAUUGUUAUCAUUUAUGCAGAUUGGAAAAUCUUUGAACAACUUUCACAGUAACAUGAUGGUGUUUAUGGCCCUUAUUCAU